UCAAUUUUGUUACUAUUUACGAUUGUUUGAUUGAGAAAGAUGUCUUCUCCGAUUGAUUGUUUCUUCCCUUUCUUUCCUCCCAUCUGUGAUGAGGUGGGGGAAUAGUUGACUUUUUUGAAUCGACGAGAAGGAAAUAAAUUAGAGAAAUGGCGAGAGAGGGGAGAGAUCCAAUAAGCCAUGGCUUCCAAAGCGAAAAAUUUUCUCAUCCUUUCAUUGCUGAGUGCGAGUGUAAGCUAUUCCAUUGCAGAGGAUCCAGUUCCAACUCCAUGGCCUCUUCAAUUUCAUUCCAUUCUCCUCAUGAACUACUCCGGAAUUCUUCAGAUAAUCAACCUCUGGUACGACUGGCCUAAUGGUCGGAACUUCAACAUCAUGCAACACCAGCUCGGCCACGUUGUCUAUGAUCUCGAAUGGAACAAUGGUACUUCCUUCGUCUACACUUUAGAUUCCUCCAAGACUUGCUCUUCCGCUCAGCUUGAGGUCGGUAUUCUCCGACCCAACUGGCUCGAUGGAGCCAAAUAUCUGGGUCAACGCCAUGUCGAUGGCUUCCUUUGCAAUGUCUGGGAGAAAGUUGAUUUCAUUUGGUAUUAUGAAGAUGUUGAAACCAAGAGGCCUGUUCAUUGGCUCUUUUACACUGGAAGACAGGCUCAUGUGAUGACAUUUGAAGUGGGUGCUGUGCUAGAGGAUGAGAACUGGCAAGCCCCUGUUUACUGCUUUGAUGGCACGGGAACUACUGCCAAUGAUGUGGCUCUCCACCAGAAUUUGCCUCUGAUGGGUGGUGUCAAUAAUAGGCUUCUCCACCAGAAUUUCCCAGCUAUUUGACAUCUUUCUUGUAGUCCCAUUGCGCUGAACUUAUUCUUCAAUUUGAAUAAAUUAGACACUGAAGCUUGUGUUUCUAUCUUCAUGUUUAUUCUUGUUCAAGUGAAUAUGGAAUUGCCAGGUUUCUUUCUAAUAAUAUAUAUAUAUAUAUUACACUGCAAAAAAUAACAUGAACAUUUCUACUAGUAAACUAUUUAACUAUAGUAGAAGAUGCAGUAAGGAAGUAAGGCUUAUUGUUAACUGAGACUCCUGGAUUGAAAUACUUCUUUCUGCUUAGUAUUCUUCUAAUGUUCUAAUCAGCAUUUUGACUGACCUCUCGCUGAUCAAGCUUUGCAAUAAGACUUUCUUUUCGUACUCUCCAAGUGCAUUGAAUAUGAAAACAGAUUUGUCACUAACAUCAUCCUGGAAAUGAAUAUGAAACCAGUCAAACAAUGCAACAAUAAAAUCCAACUACAUAUUCAUGGCGUUUGUUUCUUUGCAGAUGACAGCUUGUUCUUCAGAGAUUCCGAAAGCUACUGUUGCACGAUGAAGAAGAUUCUUGAAGAUUAAGAGGGAGCGUCUGGACAAGGUAAAUCAAUGUUCAUCAAUGAUAAAAGCAUUCCUCUGAGAAAAGAAAAGCUAUCGAAGCUUGGCGAGAUCCUACCUUUUAUAUCAGGUUACCUUCCUUUAAAUGGUCGUGCAAAGGUCAUAUUUCAAAGAGGUCAAACAUAAGGUAGGCUCUGGAGGGCUGCAAAAUUGGAAAAGAAUAAUUUCUUCUCUGCUAGGGGAAGGAGGUUUUAUUGAAAGUGGUCGUUCAAGCUAUUCCUAACUAUACAAUGAGUUACUUUAAGCUCCAGAGGAUCUUUGUAAAGAUCUUGAGAGGAUGUAUGUCCACUUUUGGUGGAGAUCUUCGGAAGAGAAGAGGAAAAUUCACUCGAAAAGUUGAAAAAUAUAAAUAGAAGAAUGAUUUAGAACCA